UAAACCCUAAAGUGCCAAUCUGGGCUCUUCUACACCCGCACACACUGAACACACGCAAACCCUCGCCGACGACGUCUCCGCCGUAGGACCGCAGCAGCAGCAGCCUGAAAAUGGAGACGGCUAGAACUGUGAAAGACGUUUCACCUCAUGAGUUUGUGAAGGCCUACGCCGCUCACCUCAAGCGCUCCGGCAAGAUGGAGCUUCCACACUGGACCGAUAUUGUCAAGACAGCUACAUUCAAGGAGCUUGCACCAUAUGAUCCUGACUGGUACUACAUCCGAGCUGCUUCCAUGGCAAGGAAGAUUUAUCUGAGGGGAGGGCUUGGUGUCGGUGCUUUCCAAAGAAUCUACGGUGGACGCAAAAGGAAUGGUAGUGCUCCACCUCACUUCUGCAAGAGCAGUGGUGGUGUUGCACGCCACAUUCUUCAGCAGUUGCAGACCAUGAACAUUGUUGACUUUGACUCCAAGGGUGGAAGGAAGAUUACAUCGAAUGGACGAAGAGAUCUUGAUCAAGUUGCAGGAAGAGUAGGGACUGUCACUCCUUGAGGCUUGCAGCUUAUAAUGGGCACAUCAAAACACAAGGGUUUUAGUUUUGUUUUUACUUUUCAGGGUUAGUUUACUGGUAAAUCUAUUUACUGCGUGAUUUACUGUUUUUGACAUUGUUCUCCGGAAAUUCAAUAUCAUGUUUUGAGAUUUGGGUUUUAUAACCAUCCUUGUUAAGUGCAA